UGUCAAACUAACGAGAACUAUUGCUUACGAUGACUGAGUCUUUUGAAUGGAACCGCCCCGACCUGAAUUGGGCGCACUUCCAUUCUCUCGCAAACCUUCUCUCACUUCGCAACGGUGGCCAAGCCGAACCUGCCGCAUUUUUCGAAGCCAUACUUGAGCAGGAUAGAGAGAUUCGCGACGACGGAGAUGAAGAUUCUCAUAGCGUGAAUACUGAUGUCGUGAAUCAGAUAUCAGAUUCAGGGCAUAGCAAACUGAAGAGAAGGUUUCUCGACGGGUUAGCUGGACUCGCAGCUAACGAGGAAGGCGGUAAAGCAGUUGCUUGCUCGGCCAUGAAAGAGGCUGAGGAUGAUGUUGUCAUCUGGCUAGCUCGUAAUGGGGGUUUCUCAGGCGAGGACAAACGUGUGUUCGAUAGUAUCGCAGAGCUGCUGAGUUCAAUGUCCUGCGGGAAAGUCCAGGAAUUCGAGUAUCUCUUAUGGAAAGAGAUGGUGUCUUACCAUGGUCGUCGGAUCAAACAACACUAUAUUCCUAAUUUGAGAUCAAGCUUUAAGGCCUACGAUGCUGUCCCAGCUAGAAACAUUGCCAAUGCGGCAGCGUACAAUCCAGAUCCCCAAAGCGGGAUUUCAGUCCUGCGAAAUCUCCUUUUCGAUAACCCUUUUGGUAGUGCUGACGUCUUUGAAAAGCAUGCGAACCUGAUAGUGGCAUCGUACAACCUGCGUCGGACAAGAUCCGUCGAAGAGGUGCUGAACAAUUCCACAUAUGCGACUCGGGAAUCGAAGAGAUUGUGGCAGAGAAUUUGUCUACUCUCCAGGCUUCGUGCUGCUUACCAAAAUUUUCUGGACAUCGCCCAGACACUCCCAAGCUUCGCGCAAGUCAAGUUCGUCCUGGUACCCCUUCUGGUUGCGCCUCCAAAUCCGCCUCAACCGCCACUCACGUUGAAGCAAACGUUCAGAAUACUCGAUUUAAACCUAGAUGACACUACGAGAGAGGCAGUUUUGACUAAAGUUUGCAAAGCCACCGAGACUGGAAAGAAGUUUGCGAAUUUGCAGAAGCAAAAACCCUAUGUGCACGCCGAGGUACAAAUGAUGGUCUUCCUUGCUGCCAAUGAACCAAUCAACUCAAAGUUUCUCCCAUACCUCGGGUGUAGCAAGCUGAGCUGCUUCAUGUGUAAUCAAUUCCUACAGGCAUAUGAUCUGUGUUCAACAAGAGGGUGCCACGGCCGUCUCUUCAAACCAUGGACUGUUCCGAGCGCAGACAGAUUAUUGCCGGGUCAUGCCGACCGAAUAGCCAGAGCACUUACGUCAGUGCAAGAGCAUGUCAAAAACAAGUUACGGGAAUCGGUCAAGAGCCAUGUCCGACUUGAGCGAACUUCGGUCGUCGGAGGAAGCAGCAUUGCGCGUGAGCAACCGGAAGAUAACUCAUCAAGAAGAUCGCAAAUCGAUGAGCUGGAGAAGAAAGCCACACACGCGAGAGUUGCAGCAAGCUUCAGAAGACAAUCUGAGGACACAGUCACCCCCUUCAUACCAAGAGGCUUUGACAGAGACCGAUUAGCCUUGGAGUGUGACAUAUGCGACAGGAUGACGAGAAGAAGCUGCAGUAUCUGCAAUAAAGGCUCCUUCUGCAGCGAAGGCUGCGAAAGGAAGAGGUCUGGAUCGCAUCUGUUCACAUGCUCAAAACGCUCAAUCACAUCAGCUGAUUAUCUAUGGAUGUCAUUAGCAGAUGAUCGCAUGCCUGAUGAGGGGGAUGUUCUUGAAGACUUUGGGUUCAACAAUACGUCUUCUUACCAGGACAGAACGUACCUCUUAGGUCUUUACAGAGGUCUUUACCUUUCCGGCAGCUUCUCAGCGGAGGAUCUUCACAAAUGGCGUACCGGAGGCAUCCUAGCCGAAAAGAUCGAAGAGUUUUAUUAUGGCAUUCCUGAACAAUCACGCGGGGGCUAUUUCCCAUGGUACUUGCAGAACCGCCAUGUUUUGAGUCGUCCUGGGACGGAAGGAGAGGGGAGUCAACAUCUCAUAGCCACCUUCUACGACAAAGUUAAAUCCUACCUGGAUGUCAACGAUCGCAACAAAACGGCGAAAGAAUUGAAACCAGAAGCCAAGAGAGAUGCUUACAACUUGCUAGCGACAGUGUCACAUCAAUUCAUGCCCAAUCCCAUCGAGAAGAACUGGUACUCUUUCGGAUUUGUAACUUGCCGAGGAAAGGACGAAGAGAAUAUACUCGCAGAGAUCUACCGGUGUCUUCUCCUCAAAAGCGGUGGAGGCUUCUUCUCUGACGUCUACCAAAGCUUAAGGGCCCACAAUCAGCCUGUCAAUUUUACGCAAUUCUGGAAAGCGUAUGAAGCCGGCACUCUCAUACAGCUUAUGGACGCGAGUAGCCUCAAGGAUUCCCGAUCCCGUCUUCCGUUCCUGGAAGUCUUCCUGUCCGUUCCGCGAGCCUGUGGCCGUCCCUCCGUAUGGGGUCUGAAGUGGAUGCUUGAAAUCAACGACCCCACGAACUUUGAGCCCAUUCCUUCAGUCAGCGUUGACUAUGGCUUUAUCAACUGUCACACAUUUGAGGAGACCUGUACACUGGUCGAAAUUUACAGAAGAGUGCUCCUGAAUACAAGUCCACUGGAUCUUCAUCAAGCGUGCAUUACAGGGACCCUGUGGCAGUUCGCAAGCGGUCGUAUUCGGAUGGAAGAGCGGUGGAGGCCAUUGAUGAAAGAUGACCAUUUACAGGUCGAAUCAACAGCGUCGGAGGUAAGCGUGGAUACGGAGUCAAGAGCAGGAUGCGAAACGGACGGAGAUCCUGUGGAGUUUUCACCUUUAUUAUCGAGACUGUUACGUUCUAUCGGCAUUUCCUGAUUCAACUCUUUAUGUCGUAGUGG